AUGGGGCCGCAAACUCGCUUCUCUUUUGAGCCGUUAACUCAUCGACGUUUGGAACAUGUUUUGACGGACCCCGCCUAUAAGGAGGCACAGCGAAGGUGGGGGCUGCACAGUCAGACUCGUGUGUGUGCCCUCCGGUUUGAGCAGGAGAAUAAAAGCCGAAUUGCGCAGGAGGGUGCGUCUCAUGGCGGUGGUGUUGGCAACGGUGCCGUUGUGGCUGGUGCGAUACGGUUCUCUGGAUUUCACAAAGGGGUGCUUCAGGAGUUUCUUGUGUCUCUCUUUGACUCCACCGCCGUGCGUGAUGCCCUUGCGCUUUCUCCUGCAAUGAGACUGACACGUGACGCGGUGGAAUACACCGAGCUGCACUGUAGUUGGACGACACUUGAGCCAUUCACUCGUCUCGUCAAGGCAGGAGUUGUGCGGCAUGUGGAGGUGCAGGGAGAUGUAUGUCACGAUGAGGCCGAAGCGGCCAUAUUUGACGGUUGCGUGCGUUUGCCCGUCGUUCGACGCCCGGAUUUUUAUCUUCCACACGACAUUGCCGUGACGGAUGAGUUGCGGGCGCUCUUCUUGCUUGCACACAAUCGCGCCAUAAGCCAUGAGGGAGAUGAGUAUGCCGAGGAGGAGGCGUGGAACGCGAUUAAUUAUGGCUCUGGUGCAGGACUUUCAAUUGCCGCACUUCGUCGCAUUUUUACGGAGGCGGAGCGUUCCGAAUUUUUGUAUCACAUUUUAUGGCGCCUUGUGGCGGGUGGCGGCAGCAACAACCAGUGGGAUGACGACUUGGGAGUUUACCUUGAUGUGGCGCGGGCGUGGUACAAGGGCCUUGUCGCCAUUCGUGCGGUGCAGAAGAAUGAGGCAACAUCUGCUGGGGAUGGCAUGGACGAGCCCGAUCGUGCCGCAUAUGUGGACGGUACCGCAUUGACACCGGAAGUGGUUUCAACUGUUGUUUCUGUGCAGGCAGUGAGCGGUUUUUCACUCUUUACUCGAACCGAUGACGCGGAGCCCAGUAACCUGAACUACUGCUAUGUCUGCAUUGACCCGGUAGAGGCGGAGGUGGUGGUGUGGUAUCACUGUCUCUAG